UACCAUAAUCUCGGCGCAAAGUGUCGUAUUAUUAAACUUAAAUACUCGUUGAAGAAUUCAUUCAUAACCCGCAUUGUUAAUCGGAUGCAGUUGCAGUCACAUCAUCGAUUCAUUUGACUUUACCUCGAAAGCGUGCAACUUGUUUAUGUCGCGUUUUUUUUUUUUUAAUACCUUUUAACUGGUGCUUUUGGUUACGUCUUAAUGUUACGAAUAUCGCGCUCAAUUGAAGCGUGCGCUUGUAAUUGCACUUUAUCGAUUGCCCCUCAAGACGUUGGCAGCGGCGCUAAAAAUAAAUAGAAAUCGAGAGCAACACACAGCGGCGGCCCGUAGCUAUUUGGAGAAUCAAUUGAGCGCCGGUACAUUCGUGUACAGUCCUUGCGGUUAAGCGAAAAAAUUAAAUUCCGCCAAUGCCACGUUGAUCGCGCAUCGCUUCGGACCACGAGCAAGCGACCAAAGUUAGCAGACGAGAACGAUUUGUGCAGACGACAGUUUGCGCGCGCGCGGCAUUAUACUUUCGGUUUUGUUUCAUAGGGUGUCGUCGACGAAUCUACGAUUAUCGAUGGCGUGAGCAGAAAAAAAAAUUGCGCGCGCGUUGUGUGUUUAGGUCUUGGAUGGGCUGUGCCGCCGCGAAGAGAGAUUUUUCCUGGACAAACAAAUCGAAUGAUAAACCAACAAACCUGAACAUCGGAGACGCCGUGAGGCCCUGCCAUGAUCUCACCAAACGGAGGUUGAUUUUCGUCUUCGGAGGCCCAGGCUCCAGGAAAGGCCAGAUCGUCAACGAUCUGGCACACUGUUUCGGUUUUGAGACCGUCAGCGCGGAGAAACUGAUCCUGGCUCAUUUCACCAAACAACUAGAAGCUGAUCCGCAGAACUGCUCAGAGAUCUACACCACACGAAGCGUGGAACUUCUCCUAAAGAGCGAGCCCAAGCUGCUCACGCUAUGGCUCCUGCUGGAGCUGGUGGAGAGAGAGCUCGAGCUUCAGCACGAGAUGAAGCCAGACGUGGCGUUUUUUGUGGACCCCAUGCCCAAUCUUCGCUACAUGGUGCCUGCCAAGCGAGAGCUGGAAGACUGCAGGGAAGAGCUUGAGCGCUUUGAGCUACAGUGGCCUUGUUUGUUUGCGCUCGACCUGGACGUUGCUGAAACCAGCCUGAAGGCGGCCACGGGAAAAGAAACCAGACGAGCUCUCGGAGAUGAGAAGGACUUCGCCAAGACAAAGAAACGCCUGCAAGACUACAAGGACAGUGUGAAGGGCUUCCUGAAGUAUUUCCAGGAGGAUCAGCGCCUUGUGAAGGUACACGUCGACCAGAAUCCUGGCCCGGUGUCGCCACAGCUAGUGCAGCUCUUCACGGCUCUCGGCUUCCUGCCUCGCUGCGCGCUUGACCCCAGCUUUGUCUUCCUUCCCGUUGUGCCCGCGACCAAGAACAAGCGGCGGUGCAGCCGGUCAAGCACCAGCGAGAAUGAGAUGGUACCUCACGAGUGGUUUCAAGAGGAGAAGCCUGACAAGCCUGGGGACACUCCACAGAGCCGGGGCUGCGCUUGCCUGGACAGCAUCCGGGCACCUAGUCAGGGCAAUCAGGGGGAUUCGCCGAGCAAAGUUCUGCAGUUGUCCCUCCGCCCGAGUCGCCCGUUCUUUGCCGUCUGCUGGCAAGGACCGCAGACUCCAACUGUGGCUUCAGCAGACUCGAGCGGUUUGCCAGACUCCGAGCAGAACCAGAUGUCCUCAGCCGAUAAGGAGGACCGCCGAGUGCUCUUCAAGGGAGACGAGCAGCUGGGCUGGACGCAGCCCCUGCAGGCGGUGCGGACCACCUGGGGAGAGGUGUGCCUGUUCCCCGGUGGCACCGACUGGGCCACCUGCCGCCGGGUGGCCAUGCAGUGUGCUCGCCACCUCCGAUGGCAGUGCACCCUGCGGCCACCCUGACGCUCCCACGGGCGCCGGCUCACGAAGCAGUUCGCAAUAAAGGAGACGAUUAGCGUUUGCGGGGAUUCGAACGCCGUACCGAGUGAAGA